AGGGCGCCUGGCGCUGCGGUCCGGUGUUUCGGAGCUACAGGCGCGGGCGCCGAGAGGAGAGCGGAGGCGCGCGAGCGGCGGCGGCUACUGCCACGUAUUCCCGGCAGUGGCGGCGACGCGGGAGGAGAUGCCUUGUCACCAGCCAGCCUCCCCACACUUAAAUCGCAGUGGUGAAGAAGAGAAAGUAGACAGACUUAAACCUGCACCUCCCCUGGGUUCUCCAGUGCAUCAGCUCAGAGGCCUGAGAGGACCUUUGACACCGCCCUCUGUCUCGCCCCUGUUCUGAUUAUUCACCAAGUCCUGUCAGCUGUGUCUCCCAUGCCUUUUCUCUUUGCCGUCUCCCACGUCCAAGCCGUCAUCUCUAGCUGAAUAACUCAGGUCACCUCUACUAGAAAUUGGUUUGCUGAAACUAUUGAAACAGCAAUUCUUAAGUUGAAGAAAAGGAGUUUCUGCGCCUUGACCAGGGGAGUGUGACCCUUCCUUCAAAACCCUCUCUGGACACGCCCUCCUAGCAUCUACCAGGAAAGAUGCGGCAGCUCAAAGGGAAGCCCAAGAAGGAGACGUCCAAGGACAAGAAGGAGCGGAAGCAGGCCAUGCAGGAGGCCCGGCAGCAGAUCACCACGGUGGUGCUGCCCACGCUGGCCGUGGUCGUGCUCCUGAUUGUGCUGUUUGUGUAUGUGGCCACGCGCCCCACGAUCACGGAGUGAGCGCCAAAGGAGGGCAAAAGCAGAAGGAAAACGGCUUUUGUUGUCAGAGAUUCUUCUGAUGCUGAGCUCUAAGCAGGAGCACCUGUCUUCUCUCGUCUUUGACUUGAUUAAAAUUUUCUGCUUUUCUUGGGAGGGAAUAGGGAGCGUUUUAUCACUGAAUGUGCCAUACACUUCAUGUGCCUUUCAAACUUCAAAGCUGUGUAUGUGUUUCUUUUUCUCUCCUAAAAUCGAUGUGUAGCUCUGCCUGGUGAGAGGAGGAAUCUCUGGGUCAUGAACGAGUUGGAAUCAGUGCUCACCCCAUCCCCAUUGUUUUGAACAUGAAUCUUUUCGUACAUGUGUCCACAAUUUCCAAAGGGACUGUAUUUCUUCUCUGUGCUUAAUGUGAUUUUAAAUAUGUCGACUCAAAGUGAAAUAUUUAUUUUUUGAAUAAAGGAGAUA